GCCAAAGUACGCUUUAGCCGCACAGACAGAAAACAGACGCUCGACAUGUCCAACACAUCUGCUCCUACGAUGCAUGAUAAGCUGACAAAUAUGGAGCUGCUCACACUGGACAAUCCUGUCUUCUGUUGCUAUCUCUUUUGGGCCACAGUGCUGGUGGUGAAGAUGCUGCUCAUGUCCCUGUUGACGGCGUUGCAGCGCUUCCGCUACAAGCUGUUGGGUCUGGUGCCGCUGGCAGUGCGGCGCAAGGUCUUUCCCAACGAAGAGGAUCUGUUUUUCAAGAACAUUGAAGUGCAGUUCGAUGAUCCACAUGUGGAACGCGUGCGAAGAGCUCAUCGCAAUGAUAUGGAGAAUAUUUUGCCAUACUUCAUCAUGGCCUUGAUCUAUGUGUGCACCAACCCCAAUCCUCUCGUGGCCUGCAAUCUGUUCCGCGUGGCUGCUAUUGCACGCAUUGUCCACACGCUCGUCUAUGCUCUCUACCCAGUGCCGCAGCCAUCACGAAUUUUGGCCUUUGCCACGAUGCUGCUGAUUACCUUCUACAUGGCUGCCGUUGUGGCUUUGCGUACAUUGCGUUUCAUUUGAGCGUACAAAUUUGAAAAGUGGCGCCAUAAAAGCUUGCGCGCGCUGACGUCACAUAGUCAUAUCGGCUAGGGCAGCACAAAUAGGUUUAGGGUUGAACAGCUUAAGUGAUUUUUUUUUUUUUUUUAGAAUAUGCAUGCGUUACAUAAUAAAAGGUAACACUUGA